AUGGCCGACCACGACAGCCACGCGGAAAUGGAGCAUGAGCACGAGACACCGGUGGUCUCUCUUCACAAAGAAGACAGCAGCAUUCCUCCUCUCACUACCGAGUCCUCCAACCUCGCCGCCGACCUCGACGAUGGCGAAUUCGCAGGCGAUGAAGCAGCUCAACUCGCCCAACUGGCCACCGGCGUGCGCGAUCAAGACGACCUCGAGCGAGACAUUGGCCGGCAAGCAGACCAGCUCCUCUUUGAACAGGCCGAUGAGCGGGAUCGAAAGCGCCUUGAAAAGACCCAAAAGGAACUCGACAGACUAAAGACCAAUAUCCGCGCGCUAGAGAAAAAGUUGACCGAGUUCGGGAACCUGGCGACGAAGACGAAGCUGAGGAGUGAGCGCGAUCAUUACACUGCCAUGCUAGGUCUACUCGAGAAGGAUCUCCAGCAAAUUCAAAAGCGUAUGGAGGAGAGGCAGAAGGAGGCGAAUGGAGAGGGCAGGGAGGGUCUCUUGGAGGAUGCGGGCAACAAGCAGAUGCCUGGCGAGAGUCGGAGAGAGUUUCUCAUCAGAACAGGAAAGAUUACUCCGUUCUCCAAAGUCGGAAUGCAUUUAUUAAAGCAGUCGUCAAGUUUGGGUGACGUUCUAUUAGAUGCUGAAGGUGGCAUAGAUGAGGAGGACGAAGAAGAGGGAUUGGAGGAGAAGGCGCAAGAGGAGGCCAAUGGCGCAGGGCCUGUCUCGCAUCGGAAUCUCCUGGCGCCUGGCUUUGAGCAGGCAGGAAGCAGCCCGGCAGAGGAUACCGAGUCAGAUGCUGCACUAGCGAGGAGACUCCAAGACGAGGAAUUUGCGUCAGAGAGGCCUGCAAAGAGACGGCGACUCCAGACGAAAAGAGCAGCAAGAGCGGCUUCGGAAGCAGUCAGUACUCCUGCUGAAGACUCGGACGCUCCCUUUGUUCCAGGCGAGGCAGCAACACACGACUCGGAGGAGGAUGGCGAGGUCGAUGAUGAUGACGAGGAUGGGGUCAUGCCCACGACUGCAGGCAUCAAGCGGAAGAGCAGGAAGAAGGCAGUACAGUCUACAGAGGCGGAGGAUUUGACUGGGAUUGAUGACGGGAAUGAGUCCGUCUAUCAAGCGAGAUUGAAGAGUUGGAUCUCACGAAGAAGUGCGGCGAGACGACAACAUACGAAACGACGAGGAUCAAAUGGAGAUGAGGCUUCUGAUGAUGACCACGAUGCCGAAGAGACUGUUCCUCAAACCGCCACGCCAGAAUGGCAAAUGCCUCAUCCCACCCGCGAGGACGCUGCUUUCGAGGGCGGCUUCAAGAUCCCGGGCGACAUCUACCCUUCCCUCUUCGACUACCAAAAGACUGGUGUGCAAUGGCUGUGGGAGCUCUUCGCGCAGCAAGUCGGCGGAAUCAUCGGUGAUGAGAUGGGACUUGGAAAGACCAUUCAGAUCAUUUCGUUCCUCGCCGGUUUACACUACUCUGGCAAGCUGAAGAAGCCCAUCAUUGUCGUCUGCCCUGCGACUGUGAUGAAGCAGUGGGUGAAUGAGUUUCAUCGAUGGUGGCCACCUCUGAGAGUCUCCAUCCUGCACACUUCUGGCAGCGGCAUGCUCGAUCUCGGUCGAGAAUCCCGGAUCGAAGACGACCUGGAGGAAGAUACCCACAGACGGAAGACCACACAAACCAAGGGCCACAAGUCCGCCAAGCGCAUCCUCGAUAGAGUCAUUCGUGAUGGACACGUCUUGGUCACUACUUACUCCGGCCUGCAAACAUACGCGGAACUGCUCAUUCCCACCGACUGGGAGUAUGCUGUUCUGGAUGAAGGACACAAGAUCCGCAACCCCAACACCGCCAUUACGAUCUACUGCAAAGAGAUUCGUACCCACAAUCGUGUGAUCCUCUCCGGUACACCUAUGCAGAACAACCUGACUGAGCUCUGGUCCCUUUUCGACUUUGUCUUCCCGAUGCGCCUCGGCACUUUGGUCAGCUUCAAAUCGCAAUUUGAGGUACCUAUCAAACAAGGCGGUUAUGCGAAUGCUUCCAACCUCCAAGUCGAGACCGCGCAGAAAUGCGCCGAGACUCUGAAGGACACCAUCUCGCCAUACCUCCUUCAGCGCUUCAAAGUGGACGUCGCUGCUGAUCUCCCCAAGAAGAGCGAGAGAGUACUGUUUUGCAAACUCACAAAGCUGCAGCGCGAUGCAUACGAGUUCUUCCUCAACUCUGAAGAAAUGAAAUCGAUCAUGAACGGUAAACGCCAAGCUCUGUACGGAAUUGAUAUUCUUCGAAAGAUAUGCAACCACCCAGAUUUGACCGAGCACAAGACCUUGUCGAAGAAGCCUGGCUACGUUUACGGUACUGGCACGAAGAGUGGAAAGAUGCAAGUCGUAAAAGCACUCCUCGAAAUCUGGAAGCGCAACGGCCACAAGACGCUCCUGUUUGCGCAGCAUCGGAUCAUGCUCGACAUUCUCGAGCUCUUUAUCAAGAAUCUCAAAGGUUUCAACUACCGCCGCAUGGACGGCAACACCUCCAUCAAGGACCGUCAGACCCUCGUCGACGAAUUCAACAACGAWCCAGACUUGCACGUUUUCCUAUUGACCACCAAAGUCGGCGGGCUGGGAGUAAACCUCACAGGUGCGGACCGCGUCAUCAUUUACGAUCCCGACUGGAACCCCUCCACUGAUGUUCAAGCUCGCGAGAGGGCUUGGAGAUUGGGCCAGAAGCGCGAAGUGGAGAUCUACCGACUCAUGACUGCAGGGACUAUCGAGGAAAAGAUUUACCAUCGGCAGAUUUUCAAGCAGUUCUUGACCAACAAGAUCUUGAGGGAUCCAGGACAGCGACAGACCUUUCAGUUGAAAGAUUUGCAUGAUCUCUUUUCGCUGGGAGAUGCGAGUGAGGGACCCACGGAGACGGGGAGUCUGUUCAAGGGAACGGAGGUGAAGCUCCGCAAGGAAGAGAGUCUCCCAACUCCACCCGAAGAAGAAGAGCAGAACAAAGAAAAGGCACAGGAUCGCGCGGCUGUAGAGGGCAUUUUCGGCAUCGCCCGUCAGGCAGACUUCCAAACUGGAGACGAGGAACAGAGCUCUGCCAACGUUGACGGCAAGGAGUCUAACAGCGGCGAUCGAGUUCUCGCGGGUAUCUUCGCGAGAACAGGUGUGCAAUCAGCUCAAGACCACGACGCCAUCAUCAACGGCCGCAASACGAUCCGUGCCGACCCUGGUAUGAUCGCUCGGGAGGCCAAACGCGUUGCAGCGGAAGCGGCGAAGAGUCUUCGCGAUGCUGGAGAAAUCGCGCGUUCACUGCCUGCAGGUGUACCGACUUGGACCGGCACACAUGGAACYGCUGGUCGCUCGCCGAGUCCACCGCCUCGUGCAAGUCGUGGUGGCCGCGGUGGACGUGGCGGUGCAGGACCCAGUUCCGCUUCUGUCCUUGCAAAUCUCCACAGUCGACAAACAGGUGGCUCGACAUCCGCCGCUUCCUCCUCAUACAAUCCACGGGCCAGAGCUGAGCAUCAGCCCAAAGGAAAGGAGUGGAUCACCAUGAUCCGUGACUAUCUGCGAGCUCAAGGAGGAUCCGCAUACACGCAAAUGCUGAUUGAUCAUUUCAAUCGGUUCUGUGGGACCCCUCAGCGGACGGAGGAGUUCAAGGCUAUGCUCAAGACGAUUGCGACGCUUGAGACUGGUGGUAGUGCAGGCCGGGGUGGGAGAGGGUCUAGAAUGGGCGGUGCGGGAGCGAGGGGUAGAGGAAAGUGGGUGCUUCGAGAGGAGUACAAGUGA